AUCAAAAUACACAACAAAAAAAAAUGCCAAAUAAAUAAUUAACAUAAAAAUUAAUCAUCAAGUUUUUUAAUAAAAACAAAAUAAAAAAGAAAAAUAAAUCUAAAAAAUUACUCAAGUAGAAAAAGUACAAUCAGCAAAAUAAAAAUAAAAACAAUGGAUGCUUUUUCUGAUUCUCCACAUACUGAUAAAUAUAAUGAACAUGGUGAAGGUAAUAAUUUACAUUAUGGUGUUGCAAGUAUGCAAGGUUGGCGAAUGGAAAUGGAAGAUGCCCACAGUGCAAUAACUGGAUUAGAAAAUAAUUUAUCUGAUUGGAGUUAUUUUGCUGUAUUUGAUGGUCAUGCAGGUGCAAUUGUAUCAGCUCAUAGUGCUGAUAAUUUACUUGACUCAAUAAUUAGAACAGAUGAAUUUAAAAAUAAUGAUAUUAUAAAUGGUAUACAUAAAGGUUUUUUAAAUUUAGAUAAUGAAAUGCGUGAUUUAGUUGAAUAUCAUUGUGAUAGAUCUGGUUCAACAGCUGUUUGCACAUUUAUAUCACCAGAUAAAUUAUUUAUUGGUAAUUGUGGUGAUUCACGUGCUGUAUUAUGUAGUUCUGGUAGACCAGUAUUUUCAACACGUGAUCAUAAACCAAUUUUACCUGCUGAAAAAGAAAGAAUACAAGCUGCUGGUGGAAGUGUUAUGGUACAACGUGUUAAUGGUUCAUUAGCUGUAUCACGUGCACUUGGUGAUUAUGAAUAUAAAAAUGUAUAUGGACGUGGACAAUGUGAACAGCUUGUAUCACCAGAACCAGAGAUAUUUAUACGUGACAGAGAUUUUAAUAAUGAUGAAUUUUUAAUACUUGCUUGUGAUGGUAUUUGGGAUGUAAUGACUAAUGAAGAUCUUUGUGAUUUUAUUUAUUCACGUUUGUUGAUAACUGAUGAUCUUGAAGUUAUUGCUAAUCAAGUUAUUGAUACUUGUUUAUAUAAGGGAAGCAGAGACAAUAUGAGCAUUAUACUUGUUAAAUUUCCAGCAGCACCAAAACCAAAUCUAGAAGCACAAAGUGAAGAUGCUGAAUUAGAUAUGGACAUUGAAAGGAGAAUAAAAGAAAUUGUCGAGGAACAAGAAGGAAAUGACGAUUUUAAUUAUUUUCAAUUACUCCAACUUUUGGUGGAACAAGAUAUACCAAGUCUUCCCCCAGGUGGUGGACUUCCAGCAAAACAAACAGUUAUCGAAAAAUUAUUUCGUGAGUUAUGCCCAAGCAAAGCCAAAAGCAUCAAGGAUUCCCUGGUCAUCAAUCCCUUCAAGAUAGAAGUAUUCAAUGCAUUUGUUGCUGAACUUAUUGAUGAAUUAAAACGUAAUAAAUAAUAAUAUAAAUAUUUUUUUUUAAAUCAUGAUACUACUAUUUGAAAUAAAGAAAUUAAUUUGUAUCUAAAUUAUAUUUUAUUUUCGGAGAAUUUUUUAAAUUUGUAUCUAAAAUUAUUAAAAUUGUAUUUAUGAUUUUUUCUAUAAAUUCUAUUUAAAAUAGUUUUAUAUAUUUUAAUAAAAAAAGAUAGAUAAAUGUAUUUUGUAAUUUAAAGUUGAUAAAAAGCAAAAAUCAAAUUUCCAAGUAGUUAUUUAAUAAUUAAUGUAAAAAAUUUAAAAUCAUUGUGAAAUUAAAAUUAGCUGGUAUAAUAAUAAAGUGAAAUAAAUUGUCAAAGUA